AGUAGGUAUUGUGUUAGUCUUCUCGUGUAAGUCAAUAGAGAAUGUAGUGCUGUGAAUUUAGCAUACAAAUUUAGAGGUAUUACAUUUAUGUCUUCUUUGUGUUUCAUUAAUUGCAUUAGUAAAUAAUAUUAAUAUGACGUGUCAUACACAAAGCUGGAAAUUGAAAAUAUUCAGUAUUUUAAUUGUUGUCACUUAUUGCCACGGACUUCAACAAAGUACGUUUGAUAUAUUAUUUAAAGGCAUUUAGUUAGGUAUUUAUAAAAACACACACGACUACAUUAAAAUAUCCUCGUUUUUAAAAGUUAUAAAAUCCUUUUGGUCCUUAUUAUUAUAUAUAUAUAUAUGUAUAUAUAUACCUAUAUAAUAUAUAGGUAUAUCAAAAUAUGUGUAAAUAAAUAUUGAAUAGCACUACAUAUUGGGUAAAAUCAACAUUUUACUAUAUUAUUAUAAUUAUGAUAAUAUAAUAUUUUAUAAAAAAUUUAAAGUGGUAGAACAUUGUUUUAAUUUUCUAAUUUUUCAAUUUAAUAAAAACAAAUUUACCUAAUAACAUUUUAAAGAACAAUAACUUAAAUUUUAAUUAUUAGUAGGCUUUAUAUAGUUUAUGCGUAGUUCGAUACUCUAGUAUUAUAUUAGAUAGGUAGGUAGGUAUAGGUAAGUAAUGAGUUUUUGUUAGGUUUACAAAAAUAUACAAAUGGCACCUAAAUAAUACCAACAUUAUAAAUGAAUAGUAUUUGAUAGUACUUAACCAAUGCAUAUGACACUUUUAGUCUUUGAGUUUUAUCCUCUUGUUGUUAAAUUAUAGUUCAACAAUUUUUUAAUUGUUAUGUAUUACAAUACGAUUUUAUGAAUGAGCACAUGGCCAAAAAAUCCGCUGCAGACUGCAGUAUUGGCAAAACAAAUCAGUUUGCGAAUUUCCUGUUAGAUAUGAAAUGAAACAAAAAAUAAAUAUGAUGAUUGAGUAAUAUAGUUGUAAUGAACAGGAAAUGAGUUUUAUAAUAAUAUUAUCUAUAUAUUAGUGAAUAUAUUUAAUGCUGUACCUACCUACGUACGCUAGAUGCAUAGGUACCUAUACUUGAUUUAAAGAGGGGGCGUUCUGACUAUCAAUUAUUUUUCAUAAGUGAAUUGGGAGCUGAACUGAACUCCUAUAGUAGUUUUAAAAUAUGGGAGAGGGGUUAAAUUACCCCUUAAUCUACAGAUGUACAUCAGUAUCUAUAUAAAAUAUAUUAAAAAAGAAACACCGAAAUUUAUUAGGUACCAAUUAGGUUUUACUAUAAUAACUACAGCUUAUAUCAAAAUAUAUUUUAACUCACGUUUAAUUAAUAAAUAAGCACUUUUAGUACUUUUUAGCUAAAAAAAAAAAUUAAUUAAUUAAUUAAUCAAAAUAGAUACCUACUAGGUAACUAACCAGGCUAACUUUUUAGUGCUUGAUUUUCAAGAUUAUAUUUGGCCUUUGAUUUUUGAGAGUAUUUUCAGUUUGUUUUUUUUAUUUACAUCAGAUAUAUUUUGGUCUAUACUAUCUCAUUUACUUAAUUCAGUACAGGGUAAUGAUGCGUUUUUCUCUUUUUCAGGAACUUUUAUAUUUUCAAUAUUUUCAUUAUUAUCGUAUCAAAAUAUUUCUGAGUAAUUUUUUCCAUAAUUUUAGUUAAUUAAUAAUUCCCCUUUUUAAUAUUUUUUCAAUAAAAUAACCUAACCUUAACAUUCAUAAUUAGAGAUGGUAGGAAACGUACAACAAAGUUAAAUCUUAAUUUUUGGUUACAAUAAUGGCACAAUUAGAGGCCUAUUUGGACUUAGCCGCUUCUUGAUCGCCUAAAGCUCUCGAAUUGGAGAUUCCCGCUAGUCAAAUUUAUUUAAUAUUAUAGUGAAGCUCCAGGUUUGAGAUACAUACGCUGUUAGGGUAGUGGCGCAAUUAGUACACAUUAUUGCAUUGACAUUUGAAAUAGUUUCUCAGCAAUUGCGCGUUGAUUUUUAAAUUUUAAGACACAGCGAGGUUUCAAUUUAAUUUUUUUUUUGUUCUAUAAAUAUCUUUUAUAUUAAAAAUCUUACUUAAUGUGGUUUUUUCAUAAGCGUUUUAAAUUCAAAUUUUGACGAAACUCGUAAAAUGUACAGUAUUCCUGAACAUGUUUAACCUAACCUAACUUAGAAUCGUAUUUCGUCAGCAAUGAUUUAUCGUUGUGCAUAGAUAUAAAUUAAAUAACUAUGUAUCCUACCAUCCCAAAUGAUUAUCUACAACAAUGAUAAAUCCAUCAGUAGUAUCACCUCUUUCUUAAUUAUUGAGUAUUCAUAGUAUUAAGUAGGUUCUGAAUUACCCACGUAUCUAGAUACCUAUAUGUAAUAUACUAAAUAUAAUUACUACAGGUCAGAUUUAAACCAGACAAUUUUAUAUCAUACCCGGACAUCCGAGGGCAUCGCACUAGAGUGGAAAAACAAUCAUAAUAUGGAAUAGACCUUGGGAAUAUUGAAUAAUUUAAAAAAUACAUAAUAAUUACAUUUCAGUCACACAAACCCUUCAAAAAUUCAUAAGUAAAUCCAUCAUUCCGUAGAGAUCCAAUCAUAAUUUUCGUAAUAAUAUUGUGAUCAUUACAAAAAUUAUUUUACGAGUUUAUUUGUUCUUCGUUUCUCCACUAUUUACAACAUAUCUGUGAUUAUGUCAAGUGAAAUUUUUGAUUCUGAGUGAAGCGAAGAGGCUUAUGGUUUUACAAAGAUGUUUUUAUUUUUUUUUAUUUGUGCGAAACUUUUCUACCAAAAGACUUACUCAGAUUUCUACGUGUAGCACUUUUUCUGAAAGAAAAUCGGCGAUGGGAAGUACUAAAGGAACGUUUUUCGAUUUUCUCAUUAAAUGCAAAAAACUGAAAAAAAAAGGGAAAAUAUAAGAAAUGUAGUUAGGCAUUAGUUAAAAUAUAUUACGGUCUUCUUUUUUUCUGUGUACAACUUUUUAACCAGCCAUUUAACAACAAAAUUUAAUGAUAGUAAUGUUCUUAAAAGGAAAAUUCUCUAGGGAGGUACUUUAGAGAAGUCAUUUUUUGAUUUUUCCGAGAGUUUUCACAGCAAAUGUGAAAAACCGGGAAAAAUGUAGGAAAACUGAGAAAAUCGGUACAACAUUAAACUAAUUUUAUUAAAGAAAAUAUACAAAGCCUAUUUAAUAAUUUACUAUGAAAUGUCAUUGUAUAUUGUUGACAAAACAUCAUUAUUAACUGAACUCCGCUCAGAAUAGUUUUUUUGUAAUCAAUAGUUUAUCGUUGUUUACAGAUAUACAUUAAAUUCCCGUCUACAUCUUAUCUUUCUAAUUUCCCACCUACACUAGUGGCUGCAUCCGUCUUCAUUACGUUACCUUUUUAAAAAUAAUUAUAGUUCCAAAAUGCUAAAACAACCAGGUGUAUAUUUACAAACAAUAUCCAAAAUUAUUAUUUAUUAAUAACACUACCUAAUACAUUAUUAUACAGAAUGUUUCAUUAAACAUGCUCACGCCAUUUUUAUGGUUAAAUUUUGUAUAAAUUAAAAUUGCUAAUUUGGAAUUUUUAAGUGUAGUUGAAACUAAUAUUUUUGAUUUCUUAAAUUUUCAAGUGAGAACAUACACAUUUUAAGCCAAAUUGUAAAUCAAUCAGAUUAUUAGUAGGUAUAUUAUCAAAUUAUAUUUGUAAUGGAUACACAUUAACGCAAUUAUUAUCAUUUUUAAUAUGUUUUGCAUUUUCGCAGCUAUAGAUAAAGGUUUCAUAAUAUUCCUUUUUACCACUAAAUUUAGUUGGAUUAAUUAUUAUCAUAACAUUAAUGGUGUACAAUAAUAUAACAGGUGUUUGUCAUUCUGUACAUUAGUGAAGUGAAAAUUGGCUUGUGAGGAAUUUAAAUAUACACGUCAACAUUGUCAUAAUUGGUAAUCAUCUUUAUAAUAGUUAUAAAAAUCAAAUAAUCAAUUUAAAAAGUGUCACCACAGAAUGGGGUUAUCCCUGUAUUUCUCAUAUUAUUCAUUUGCACAUCCGCUAAUAGCAACAUAAUUAAUAAAUGAUUAGAACAAUUAUAAUAUAUAGUUGAAAAUUAAAAUAUAAUAAGGAAUAUGAAUAAUAAAAAAAUAGGUAAAUAUAUUAAACAAUUUCACAUAUCUAUCAUUAAAAAUAACAAAAUUAAUAAUAGAGUCUUAUAAUGCCUUAAAUUUAUUGUAUUAAGUUAGCUAAAUAUAUAUAUUUUUUUUAAAUUACAUUAUAAAAUUACAUAUUAUAUAGGCACUACUAAUUUUUAAUUGAAUGAUAUACCACAUUUAAGUAUAUGAACUCCCCUACACACUUAAAACUGUUUUUAAAUAGAAAUUUAAAGUUAUAAUUACUGGAAGUAACAUUGUUUUUUGUUAUUUUCUCAAUAUCACUUAAAAUUUACUGAAAUGGCUUGUUUAAGUAAUAUUUUUAUUAUAUUUUCAACUUAAAGUAGAAUAUUAAAACACUCUUUCAAUGUUCAAUGCUUCAAAAAUAUUUUCUGAAAAAUAAAAAGUUUUAAAAUUAAUUCCUUUCAGAAUUCUGUACUGUAUCUAAAUUGGGUAUCAAAUUAUUAGAAUUUAUAUGUAAAAUAAUCAUUGUUAAAUAAUAUGUUUUAAUAUCAACAUUUACAGUGUUGCACUUUUCCCUGUUUUCGGUCUAAUCUUUUUUUUUGCCGCUAUACAUUAGGUUAUUCAUUUUUUUUUUUUAAAUUUACUGCAACACAGCUAAUGUGUUGCAGUAAUGACCUUUUUUUCUUAACUCUAUGCAUGCAUUAAUUUAUUCAGGAACAAACAACAAUAUGAUAUAAAUAUCUUUAUUUUAACGAUUGAUUAACUAUGAUUCCUCCCCCUUCUAAAUCCUUCAAAUAAUUACAUAAUAAUAUAACAAUACAAAUAAUAUAAACAUAUCAUUUUUUAUUCAGCUCAUUAGAUUUAAUAUUCAUGAAUAAAUUUAAUUAAAUUCAUAAAAAUCUGAAAUUAAACACUUUAUUUUAUUAAGGCCCAUAAGUGGAAUGAAUGUUUCAUCAUGUUUAAAAAUUCAUAUUACAUUUUAUUAAUUUCUCAGAUUAUUAUAUGCUUAUAUAUUCUUUAGAAAUUAAAACCAAUUUUUAAUUAAUAUUUUCAUGUUAUACAUAAUAAUUUAUAUUUAUUAUAAAACAUUUAGUUUUAACCUAAGAAUUUAAAUAGGUAAAUAUUUAUAUCACAGAAUAUAGUAAUAUCAAAUAAGCACCUAGUCAGUGGCGUGCCAGGAUUUAUCAAUGGGGGGAGGUGGUAACAACCGUUUCUGACUAUGCUACCACAACUAGCUAUUUAGUGGCGCAAUAUCAAAACAUCUUCAACACAUAAUAUAAUAUACUAUUACGAUUUACUAUAAUUCAAUAACGACAUUCCUUUUGGUUAUUAAUAAUACUAGUUUAUAGAACAACAAGUCUAUUUGUAUGCUAAUUCUAUUUAAUUUAUACCUAACAGACAUAACAUUUUUAAAUGAAAUUCUUUUUAAAAUAUAAUUAAUUUUAAGUAUAGUACAUACGUCAUACUUAUAUCACAUAGAAUGGUUAAGUUAAAAAUAAAAGUUAAAUGUAUUUACUACAAAAAGUAUGCCAAGAUACAAAAAAAGUUUCAUAUUAAAUUAUUAUAGAAAGAACGAAUUAUUAUAAAAGUUGCAUAACUUAAAAUACAUGUUGAGUUGGAUGGUUAACUUUUGAAUUUUUUUUUAUGAAAAAAUCAAUUUUGGCAGUCAGAAAACCGUUAUAAUAUCAUCAUAUUAAUAGAUUAUUUAAAUUAAAAUAUUGCUAAUGCAUCAUGCUUGACAAGCACACAGUUAUGUUAAUAUUCUUAAAAUAUAUAUAUAUAUAUUAGUAAUGUUGUUUUCGUUUUUUUUUUUUUUUUUUUUUUUUUUUAAUGUAUAAAAUAUGAAAUUUUUUUUCAGAAAUUGGCGAUGAAUGCAUAAAUAAAAAUGGAGAUGUUGGAUUUUGUCAAUUAAAAAAUAAAUGUACUAAAGAUGCUGAUUUAGGAACUAUAUGUAAUUCUGAACAAAUAACUAUAUGUUGUGCCAAAUAUAUUUCAAAAAAUAAACCAAAUUCAAAUUCAAGUUAUAGUCAUAAAGACGAUCAAUUACCACAAUCACGAUUUGGUAGUUUCUCCAGCUUCUUCCACACACCCAUACCAUCACAAAAACCAAUUACAAACAAUGACUUUUUAAAUCAUCAAAAACACAAUUUUAUAGGUUAUGCUCGACCUCAAAAUACAGAUACUGUAGUGAAAUUUGUUGAAAACAGACCUCAUCAAUAUUUUGAACAGGAUGUUAUUACUGAAUUGCUUAGUAAUAAUAAUAAUAAUAAUAAUUACAAUAACCAAAAUUUAAACAUUGAUGAUUUUAACAGUGAUCAAACUACUAGGAAAAAUAAAAUACGUCAAAAUAAUUAUAAUUAUGAAACACAAAGACCUAAUCAAUAUGGUAAUAAUAAGUAUACAUAUUAUCAAAUCACUGAGAAAAACACCCCAAAUUAUACAACUCAAAUAUUAAAUCAGAAUAAAAAUCUAAAUUAUUAUACAAGUACUCAAAAAUUACAAAAAAAUCUUAGCUUAGGAAACAAUGAUAAUAAUUCACAAUUUUCAACUAAUCAAACUAAUUAUAGUAAUUACGAAGAAAAUAAAAAACUCAAUCAAGAUACUAAUUAUCGUCAACCUACUACUAAUAAAUUGCACAGUGCUUCGACUAAUGAUGAUUUUUAUUUUACAACGCCAAAACAAAGACCAAUUGACAAUGAAAAACGAAUCAGUGAAAUAAGUAAAAUUAAAAUUGAACUUAGUAAAUUAAUAAUGAAAAUUAAAUGCUAAUUUUGACUGUAGAAUGCGAAGAAUAUUCCAAGUCGCUAACAACUACUAUUUCUGUAUUACCUUUAUCAAUUGAUGAUACAGCACCAAAACCAGUGUUGAAAGAAAAAUGUAAUUCAAAAAGUAUUGAAUUAAUUGUUGGCGGUACUAAAGCUGAAUUAGGAGAAUUUCCACACAUGGUAUAACUUGAUUAUUCAUUUUUAUGAUUACAAUAAAUUCUUAUCCUAUGCCUAAUGAGAUCAUAAAUUUCUUCCCUUAGAGCGGGACACCUGUACAUUUCGAUAAGAAAAGGCAAUUAUUAUUUUUGGCACAAAACAGUGAAAAUGUAAAAUAUAGUGAAAUGUAAUAAAACAAACAAAUCAUUCAAAAAUAAAUUUAAUAAUGAAUUUAAUAUAUUUAACAAAAAUAUUAUAUUAUAUUUAUUUAUUAAUAAUUAAAAAAUGAAGUAGAGCUAAUUUUACUCGUGCAGUUUAGCUGAUGGUAAUUUAUUACAUAUAUAUUUUUUGGAUGAGCGAGUGGGUAUUGUAUUUGGCUGUUGAAUCAAAUACAGUAACCAACAUUCUUAUCAUUCCUCAUGUAAUGAUAUGAAUUUGUAUUAAAAUUAAAUUGUGCAAAUUUUUUGAUAUUACACACUUUUGGUUGAAAUAUUUGUAUUACAUUUGAAAUUAAUCUUAGAAAUUGCAAUGACUCAUAAGCGACCAGUGUUAGACAAAUUACUAAAAUAGCUCUAUUGUACAAUUUUUUAAAUGUUAGUUACUGUAUUUUGUUUCAAAAAUCAUAUUUUUUUGUGCUGCGAUCAAUAAAUAAUUCCCUUUUUCGAUAAAAUGCAUUUCCACAGUUGCAUUUUUUUUCAAGCGAAAAUUUUGGUUUUUCGGAAACAGCGGGACACAUAACUCAAAAGUGGAACAUAUGGUCUUGUUACCCAUGCCUCAUUUGUUCUUAGCUUCAACAUCUUUCUCAUAACUAUUCUCUAAUCCUUAAUACAUUCAAAAUUCCUACUCUCUCCACCUGACACCUCAGUCAAUUAUAACAUUAUUUCUUUCUUAACGGAUCCAUAGAUGCUUCUGUCUUCCUAUCUUUGAUAUGUUUUCGCAUUCUUUCAUUCAAUGAUAGAAGUCAUCAACUAUUUGUAAUUCCUACACAGCUUAUUAUGGCCAUAGCAUAGAAUGCUACUUCUAGCUAACAAUUCAAUUUUUUAAUCUUGUUUUAACUUAAUAUUAAUUAUAUGUAUAUUUUGUAACCACUGUAUAUUUGAAUCUGUUAGUUUUCCAAUUUAUACAAAUUGUCUGCUUAGAUGUUAAUAAAUAAAUAAAUAAUAAUAAUGUAUAGGUGGCAAUAGGAUUUCGCACUGCCUCUGGAGAUUCAUGGAAUUGUGGCGGGACAUUAAUUAGUGAACAAUUUGUAUUGACAGCUGCACAUUGCAUUUAUAGCACAUUGUAAGUAAAUUAAAUUUUGAAAAUUUUAAACUGAUAAAAAGAAAUAUAUGUACAUAUAGUUUUUAAACAUAUUAUGAUUAUGAAUUUUACUAGUAAUUUUACAAUAUUACAAUAAACAUAUUCAAAUAAUAAAAAUAGAUAUUUCUUGAAACAUUUUUAUAGAGGUAAUCCAGUUAAAGUUAGAUUAGGAGAAUUAAAUUUACAGAAGAAUAAUGAUGGAGCUAGUCCACUAGAAGUUUUGAUUGAUGAAAUUAUUGUACAUCCUGAUUAUGUUUCACCAUCAAAAUAUUAUGAUAUUGCAUUAAUGCGUUUAGACAAGAUAGUUAGGUUUAAUAAUCACAUUCGACCAGCUUGUCUUUACAAUAAUGCCAAUAUUCCUUCUCAUAAAGUUACUGCAACUGGUUGGGGAAGCAUUCAAUAUGGUAAUCUAAAUUUUUUCAUACCUAAUUAUUAACAAUAUUUAAAAUCCCAUUAAAAUAUGAAGCAUUAUAAUUUACAAUUCAAUUAUUUUAACAUAGGCGAUCAAUCAAGUGAAGAUCUAUUAAAAGUAGAUAUAAAUAUUAUAGAUAAUGCAAAAUGUAAUCAAUUAUAUGAAAGUGAAAAGAAAAGAAAAACCCUCAAUAGAGGUAUUAUAGAUUCUAUGAUAUGUGCUGGAGAUUUGGCAGGAGGACAUGAUACUUGUUUGGUUAGUAUAAUUAUACAUUAAAUUAUUAUAAGCAAAAAAUAGAUAUUUACCAAAUAAAUAUGUAUUACAUACUAUUUUAGGGAGAUUCUGGCGGACCACUUGUAAUAAGAUCAGAAAAAAAUGCAUGUGUUUUCAAUUUAAUUGGAAUAACAUCAUUUGGUAAAUCAUGUGCAACUGAAAAUUCGCCGGGUGUGUAUACCAGAGUGUCUGCAUUUAUACCUUGGAUUGAAAAAAUUGUUUGGUCCUAAACAAUUAAUAAUUAAUGAAACAUAAAUAUUAAAUUACAGUUUUGUUUUAAUUGUAUACUUGAUUUUUAUAAAAAAUGAUUUUAUUUAACUUUUUUAAACUAUUUAUAAGGUAAUUCAUAAAUAUAUUAUGGUCAUCAAAAUUAUAUGCUUCAAGAGUGAUCAGAAGUAAUUACAUAAAUAUUCAAUGCCUAUUUUUUUUUAAUUUUUUUUUUUUUUUUUUGCAACACACAAUUUGGAGUGUUCUGAACAAUAAGUAUAUACUUAAUUAGUUGAAUUAAUUAUUAAGAAUUCUAAAAUAAACUAAAUAUACACAACUAAAAAUAAAUAUUAAUUGCUUUGUUGUUUAUAUAUUAAUUUAUAAAAACAUUUAUCCUGAUACCUCUAACAAAUACAAAUUUUCUUUUAAUAUAUAAAAUGUCUUG